AUGAAUGGUCUGGAUGGAAACAGCAUAGGAAUGACGACGUGUUGGGCUCCACCGUCUAGUCCCAGCCCUAGAACGCUACUAGAUUUGCUGAAUCAAGCUGACAACAAUGGUGAUGUGGAUUCAAUAAGCAAGAUCUUCCCUCAAACUAAUCAUCAGUCUGAACAAAGAUCCAGUCUCGGCGAGAGAGUAGCGGCAAGAACUGAAUUCAAUCUUCCACCGCUCGAGACACAGAACAACCGUCCAUUUGCUGCUUUCUUCAGGAACCCGUCGACCACCCACCCUUCUCCUCACGUCCUAAUCUCUCCAGGAUUCAGCCCAUCUGCUAUGUUGCAAUUUCCAAACAUGUUCUUUGAUCCUUCACACAUGAUCCCUCCGCCUCUAAUCGUCAAUGGCGGGUCUCCAGAGGCGGUGGAAAGUUCUGGUGCCGACCAUGCAACAACGCUGAUAUCCUACAACAAUCCGAUGCACGUUGCCCUGCCUCCUCAACAAGUCGCUUCGUCUGAAUCUGAUCCAGUCGCUAACGAAACCGACCUCGUCACCGCGAAAAUCGAGAGGGAGAGCGAGGACGACGAGGAAUUCAAGGAAGAUGAAGACGAAUAUCAAAACAUUGUUGAUGAGCUAGAUGGAGAACCUUCAUCUCCAAAGAGAAGGAAGCUUGAAGGAUCAACCAUGAUUGGAGCCACAAGAUCCUGCAAGAGCCAAAGAGUUAUCAUUCAAUUGGAAUGCGAAGAAAACAAUCCUGAGGAUGGUUUUCGCUGGAGAAAAUAUGGUCAGAAAGUUGUCCACGGGAAUCCAAAUCCAAGGAGCUACUACAAAUGUACAAACACUGCGUGCACUGUGAAGAAGCAUGUGGAGAGAGGAGCAGAAAAUGUCAAGUUUCUGUUGGUUACAUACGAUGGGAUACACGAGCACGAUCCACCAGCUGCACGCGGGAGCACUUCCGGUCAAAAGAGCCAGGACGGUUCAUCAACGUCUCAAGAUCAUAAUAAUCACCGAACCGUGCGUUUAGGCAGGCCACCUUCUUCCUCUUCGGCCUCUCAAGCCCUGAGGCUUUUCCCUUGUUCGUUGGACCCACCAAUGGAUAUGACACCGUUCUAUAUAACCGGAUUCGCUAAGCUGCCGAGUUUACCGGUUAACCAGAACCAUACUGAACCGAAGAUUGAACGUGUGAUACCAGACGGUACAGAGGUAUUCAAAGUGAUCAGAGAUCGACUUAACCUCAACUUUGGUCUCAGCCUUUAG